AUAUAAUUGAUGAUGACCCUUCUAUAUUUUUCGGGUCAUCCAAAUUCAAAACAAUCGAUGAAGAUUUACUCUUACAUAUCUUAAAAUUAAAUAUCAUUGGAAUGUCAGAGAUUGAUAUUUUCAACAAAUUAAUUCAAUGGGGAAUGGCGAACACACCAGGAUUAGAUGCGUUGACAGUGCCAUUUUGCCUUUCAUUUAACAAGCUUAAAGCAUUAGGCAAAACACUAAGAAAAGGAUUAAAGCUAAUUCAAUACAACAAUAUGGCUAAAGAAGAUUUAGAUACAAUCACUAUUACCUUUAAAUCAAUCAUCCCUCGUGAGGAAAUACUUGCUAAAAUUCCACCACGUAUUAAUAAAUCUUUUGAACCACAUAUUCUCAGCAGUAAAUUUGCAGGUCUGAUAGCCUCAUGGAUCGAUCGAAAAUCAUAUACAGGAUUCAACAUGCCUUUUACAUUCGAACGAGUUUAUAAAUUUAGAAAGUCGUAUAAUAGCCCCUUGCCCACUAUAAAUUGUCAUCAUGGGCCAUCACUUAUGAUAAUGAAAAUUCAAGAAACAGGUCAAUAUGUGGGUGCAUACAAUCCAAUAGAUUGGUCUAAAUAUAGGCUACCCAAAUAUGAUCACUCUGUGACAAGCAAAAAACCAAGACGAGGUUAUAAAGAAUAUUCAAAAGCUUUGAUGAACUGUGUGCCUACCACAGAAAGUUUUUUAUUUUCAAGUAAUGAUAAGUAUGCCACUAAUUUUAAGUUAAGCAGAGUUAAGAACGUUGAGCAUGCUUUAAGAAGGUACGAAGUUAAUGGUCAUCUAUUAUUGAAAUUUGGAACGGGUGAUUUGUUCUUCGAAUACGAUAAGGGUCAAGAAGAUUGGGCUGAAUAUUCUAGGGAGUAUAUUCCAGCCAGCGUAACUUGCAUCAUUAAAUCUGAAUGUUAUGAACCUGCUGUGUUGCCGAAUGGGUGGUAUAAACUUGACGAAUGGGAAAUCUUUAAAGUAAUUAGAAAGAUUAAUUAA